AUGGAGCCCGUGCCCGAAACCGAGAGGAUGGAGGAGUUCCGGUCCUCGCCACUCCCCUCCCUCCGGCUGCAGAGCGCGUUCCCCUUCAGCUCUCCCGAGAUCGACUCCCCAAGGAAGCCACCUACUGUUCGUCGAUCCACAGACCCAAUACCUUCUUCCCCCUCCUCGCCCUCGUGGAUGACUUCGGCCGGAAUGUCCUAUCGUCCGCGCACCAGGUCGCCCCUAUCUGGAUCGCAUUCGCGAUCGCGCUCUGUCACGAGCCUCGCGCCUCCUAUGGCUCGAACUCAGUCUAUGCCGGGGGUGAAUGGAGCUGGCCACAUCCUGUACUCUCCCCAAGGCCGCUCACAGAGCCCUUCCCUAUCCCCGAGUCGGAUCCGCAUCCCGCGAAAGCCGGUCGACGAAUCAUUCCCGACCUCGCCCACCAGAAUGUCGGUUCAUGACCCCGACAGGAAGCUGGCGGACCGGAACACAUCGCCCGGGCCGGGCAUCACGAGCGCUCCGCUGGUCAAGGCACGGCGGCCAGCUUCACCGCUCCACCAGCUAGCACACUCCAGCACCUCGUCGCUUCCUGCAGGUAUCCCGACGACGCCCUCGUCGAUAGCGUCCUCGCCCUCUUACCGUGCCCUUGACCCGGUUCCCUACACCCUCGCCGCCUCCAUGCCUUCCUCAUCCGUCCCCUCCACGCCAACGUCGACCAGGUCAAGAAGUCCCAGCAUCUCCAGCUUGGAGACUAUUCCCGACUCUCCAGACGCCGAGGAGGCGGCCCUCGAGGCAGAGCGCAUUGCUCAGCUGAAGGCAGCAGCAGACGCUGCGGACGGCGGAGAUGCAAAGGGCAAGGGCAACUUGGAGCUGCCCACCCGCGGACGCACCCUCAGCUUUGGAUCGAGGGACAAGCGCAAGCGGUGGAGUGUCUGCGGCGCUGAGAGGCGGCAGGACUUGGAUCUGGAGACAAUCUGGGAGGACUGA